UCAGAAAUGUGGACGGAUAUACGGACAUUGCUACUUUUUCACUCGUUAGUCCUGAGGCUUCAUUUCUCGGAAGCAACGGAUGAGUGCGAGGACGGACAGUUUCAGUGCAACAACAAAAGGUGUAUACCGACCAUCUGGAGGUGCGACGACGAUGACGACUGCUCAGACAACAGUGAUGAAGAGAACUGUCCCAGGAAGACAUGCGCCCCCGCAGAGUUCGCCUGCUUAAAUGGCCAGUGUGUCCCGGGACGAUGGCGAUGCGACGGGGAACCAGAGUGUCCCGACGGCUCCGAUGAGGCGGAGGAGACCUGCAGCAAACAGACGUGUCCCCCAGAGAAAUUUGACUGUGGGGGAUCCACCAACAAGUGUGUCUCGUUGUCAUGGAGAUGUGACGGUGAAAAGGAUUGCGAGAACGGGGCGGACGAGGAAGACUGCGCUUCUGAUGCCAAAGCCUGCCCCAGCGGCGAGUUCAUGUGCGCCAACCGCAAGUGCUUGGCCACCGUGUACGUGUGCGACGGUGACGACGACUGUGGAGACGGCAGCGAUGAGCUCAAGUGCGCCUCCCCUCUGACCUGCGGGCCCAACCAUCUCCGCUGUAACACCUCAGAGUGUGUGCCGCUCAUGUGGAGCUGCGACGGAGACCCCGACUGCUCCGACAGCUCGGACGAGGGGCCGGAGCGCUGCGGCGGCGACGGGGUCCCGUACCUGCCGAACCGCAGGGCAAACUGCACUGCGGGGGAGUUUCGCUGUGCCAACGGGGAGUGUGUGCGGCUGACCUGGAAGUGUGACGGAGAUCCAGACUGCAAGGACAAGUCUGAUGAGUCUGACUGCCCCCUGUUGACGUGUCGCCCUGAUGAGUUCCAGUGCGGUGACGGUUCCUGCAUCCACGGCACCAAGCAGUGUAACAAGGUCCAUGACUGUCCUGACCACAGCGAUGAAUCCGGCUGUGUCAACGCCACCAAAUGUGAAGGACCCCUGAAGUUCCUGUGUAAGAAUGGAGAGUGCAUUGACAGCUCCAAGGUUUGUGACUCUGCGAAGGACUGCAAGGACCGAUCAGAUGAGCCAAAGAAAGAGUGCGGGCUGAAUGAGUGUAUGAUCAACAAUGGCGGCUGCUCCCACGUCUGCAUGGACCGACCAAUCGGCUUUGAGUGCCAGUGCCCCACUGGUUACCAGCUACUGGACAAAAAGACUUGUGGUGACAUUGACGAGUGUGAGAACCCAGAUGCUUGUAGCCAGAUCUGCAUCAACUACAAGGGGGAUUUUAAGUGUGAAUGCCGUGAAGGUUAUGAGAUGGACCCUGUUACUAAGACCUGCAAGGCAGAAGGGAAGAGCCCUUACUUGCUGUUCACCAACCGGCACGAGAUCCGACGCAUCGACCCGGUGAAGAGGGACUACAGCCAGGUGGUGUCCACCCAGAAGAACGCUGUGGCUCUGGACCUGGACGUGGCCAACAACCGUGUCUUCUGGUGUGAUCGCUUUCACCGGAAAAUCUACAGUGCCUUUAUCCAUGAGGCCAGUGACCCCUCUCAGCAGGUGUCCCUGGUGGAUUCACUCCUGCAGACCCCCGUGGGUCUGGCUCUGGACUGGCUCCAACACAACCUUUACUGGACCGACUCCGGAGACAAAUCCAUCUCUGUGGCCUCAGUGGACGCCACUAAGAGACGCGUCCUCAUCAACACCGAUCUGAGUGAACCCCGGGCCAUAGUGCUGGAUCCCCACCACGGCUUCAUGUACUGGUCAGACUGGGGCACUCAAGCCAAGAUCGAGAAGGCCGGGAUGAAUGGAGUGGACCGACAGGUGCUGGUGGCCGAUAACAUUGAAUGGCCCAAUGGCAUUACUCUAGAUGUAGCCAACAGGCGUCUGUACUGGGUGGACUCAAAGCUGCACCUUAUAGCCAGCGUGGACCUGAACGGAGCUCACCGCAGGACACACAUGUCGUCUGCGGAGACACUGGGACAUCCCUACGCUCUGGCUGUUUUUGAGGAUCGUAUCUACUGGACAGACAGAGACAGGGCGGCAGUCAUGAUGGCCAACAGGCUGACCGGUCAGGACAUCCACACGCUGGCUGAAAACCUCAACGACCCCCAUGACAUCGUGGUCUUCCACCAGCUCCGCCAGCCGCAAGGCUCAGACAGCUGUAAUCUGGGCAGUGUGGCCAAUGGAGGCUGUGAGUACUUGUGUCUGAAGGCCCCACAGAUUACCGAGCACUCGCCCAAAUACACCUGCGCCUGCCCCGACGGACAGGACCUGGGGCCUGAUAUGAGGGGCUGCGUGCCAGGAGCACCAAGAAACGACGUGACACCGACAUCCUCACCUCCUGCUGGAUUUACUCCUGGCACCACUGUUGCUGAAGACUUCCCACCUCCCUCAGGGGGAGUAUCCCAGGCGGACGCCAUCCCCCACCUGACCACGGCUCCCUCUGGCGCCCCUGAUCCCGUCACACCCCUCUCCACUCUUAAGCCUGUGUCGUCAAAAGAGUCGAAGGCACUGGGCUCCCACUCCACCGCCACCACCAUGGUCGCCUCCACCACACCUGCGGGGGACAGCAGCGUCUCUCAACACUCUGGAAGCGAGCAUUUCCUCCUGGGCGAGAACCUGACAGUGGCUGUUUUGGGAGUGGUCAUCCCCAUCGUUCCUAUCAUUGCCACAGUGGUGUUCGGCCUGGUGUGCGCCGGAGUCUACCUGGUGUGGCGCAACUGGCGGCGCAACUCCACCAAGAGCAUGAACUUCGACAACCCUGUCUACCGCAAGACCACCGGCGAGGGCGAGGAGGACGAGAUCCACAUCGGGCGGACUGACGGCAUGGGACACCACGCGCACCACCACCCGUACCCGCAGGGCGUCAACAUGGGAGUCGUGGGAGCAGGGGCCGGCACCUGCCCGCAGUUCAUCGCCCUGCCACUCGGGGGCAGCAUGCCUGAUCCGGGGACUCACUGGUACACGGAGCAGCCCAUGCUCUCCACUGCGAAGUGACCCACAAGAGCCGAUCGCGGGGAAGACGGCCGCUCAGGCACACGCACACGCAGGGAGGUCAGGGGCGACUUGGACUGAGUUUGCAGAAGGGCCGAACAACAUAUCAUCAAGCAUUACAUGCAGCCAUCCACAGCCAAUGUCCUAUGCCAAUAUCCAUGUGAAAAACAGCAGCAUUCAUAAGACUAACGUGAUUCUUUUGAAAAUGUUUCAUACCUUUUUCUGUGCUGGAGCUGGAUCCACUUUUUCUCCAGUAAAUGUUGAGAACUAGCUACAGAAUAAUUAAUGUGUUAUAACGUGUUCCCAGAAUCGACUUAAACUGGAACAUGGAGUCAGAUCGGUUCCUCUUUUUAGUGUUUUGCGUUGAUAACUGAGUGAGGUGUGUGCUGUGUGUCUUAUGUUUUGUGACGGGGCUGGCGAGGGGUUCUGUGUCAUCCUCGACGUAUUAAUUUGGGCUUUGUGUUAUUCCUGGUGGGCCGUGCAGCUUUGGGAACACUGUUUAGAAAGGAGGAGCUCUGAAACUGGGACAGCAUCUGCGUUGAUGGGACAAUCUGCACAGAUUCACAUUAGAAUCAACCACAGACGUCAUAAACGUCACAACUGGUGUUUCUUAGUUAACAUGUUCCUGGAUGGGUUUUCUUUUAUAAGCUUUCUCCAUUCUGUGAUUGAUUUUAAAGAACAGCUACCACCCACAUUAUCUGCUUUCUCUUUAGUUUAGAGCGAAGCCUUUUAAGGGCGAGUUGUCUCAUAUUUCAGACUGCAGUCGAACACGGUUGAUUUGUGAGGUUAUGUUUUUAUUUGACCUCCCAACACCCCAGAGUUUUAAGAGAGUGCAUCAGGUUUCGUGGACUGGAGAGUAGGAAAAGGAGACAUGCAGUAUUUAGACCUUUGUUUUCUAUGAGCAGAGAGGAUGCAAGGUUAGAGGGAAGUGGGUUUUCCACAGGGGCUCUGUCCUCUUUAUUCUGACUUGUUUACGUGUUAAAUGGUUUGAGAGAAACAAUCGAAUGCAGCUUUUAGUCGGGCUGCAGCGUUCCGUAGUUGACAAAAAUGUUGUUUGAUCACCCGCUUUUGACUGUGACACACAUAAAUAUACACGGGGUGCAGUGACAGCAACUCCACGCUGCUCCCCAGAGGACGGAGACAACGUGCGCUUGCCCUCCGAAAACAUAAACAGCAUGCAUAAUCGCUCACCGACGGACAAUGCAGCCAUUCACUGUUCCAGGCAGGAGACACACAGACACAAGCAUGUGCGCACACAUUCAGAAAAGUGAGCUGGAUCCCACAGCCCGCUCUCCUCGUCCCGAGAAGGCCGAUAUCUGAGGAGACAGUUUUGGACAGCGGCAUGUGGGAGGGCCCAUCUGGUGGCCGUGUGAUGAAAAAGACCCUUCAUGUGAUGAAACCACAGAAAACUAAAAUCAGACUGGUGUAAAGAGGUUGAGAUCCAAUUGUCCUAUCAGUGAUCGCGUUUCACGCCGGUUUAGUCUCCGUCAUUAACACUGUCCAUUCAUAAACCUUAAAAGACUGUGUGUGUGUGUGUGUGUGUGUGUGUGCUUGUGUGCGUGUUCAUUAUUAUGCAUGUGAGUGCUAAUGUUCAUCCCACAGCCAUAUUUGAACUGUUUUGUAUGCUCUUUGUUGCACAACCCUCUUAGAAUGCCUUCUGUUUUGUGUAUUGCAUGGAAGAAAACUGUAUGGAGGUGUGUAGAUACACAGGUGUGUAAGUGCGUGUGUGUGUGUUGUGUGUGUGUGUGUGUGUGUGUGUGGCAGUGGAGAAGCUUUGAGGGUGCUUUUUGAUUCAUUGAUUUGUACAUAUGUUUUCAUAAGGUUUUUGAUAAUGUAUUAUACAAUUAUGUAAAAGAGAAGAUGUACAUAAGAUUUUAGAUAAAGUGUCGACAGGUAUAUUAAUUUAUUUGUAUAAAAGGAGAGCACUGCAUUCCCUGAUUGUAAGAAAUCCGAAUUAUCCACCAAAGUGGUUUGUGUUGUUUCUUGCUGUGCAUCACUUUAGCAUCCUUUUUCGUGCAACCCUUUUUUUUUCUUUGUUAGCCCACGUAAAUCAUGGUGUCCCCUCCAGAAAAACUCCCACAUCUUUGCAACUCUCCCCGACCUCGGUGUUAAUGAGAUGAUCGAUUUUGGUUUAUUUGUGCCUUUUUGUUCACAUUUUCCUUUUCCUCGAGUGUUUUUCAUGAAAAGAACAGGGAUCCACCAACUGCUGUACAUGCAAAG